CUCCUGGGCCCCGGGCGGGGCCAUCCCGGGGCUGUCCGCGGAGACGCCUAUGCGGUGGAGGCUUCGGGCGUCAACUAGCGCGGGCGAACACCAGCAGAGGGACCAGGCAGCCUGGCACCCCACUUUGCCAUCCUGUCCUUGGAAACCUCGGGGUCUGCGGGCCGGCCGCUCCGCGUGGGCGAAAUCAGAAACACGUGGUUUUCGAGGCCCCCUCGGCUCUCCCUGUCCAGCCGCCUGCAGCUGACCCUGUACCAGUACAAGACGUGUCCCUUCUGCAGCAAGGUCCGAGCCUUCCUCGACUUCCACGCCCUGCCCUACCAGGUGGUGGAGGUGAACCCCGUGCGCAGGGCUGAGAUCAAGUUCUCCUCGUACAGAAAGGUGCCCAUCCUGGUGGCCCAGGAAGGAGAAAGCUCGGGACAGCAGAUAUGAAAUGUCUGACACAGUGCUUGGGGUCUAGUAUGUAGCUUCCAGAACCCACCCUACCCCUCUACCUGGGAGGCCAGAUGGCAACAACUGAAUGACUCCUCUGUCAUCAUCAGCGCCCUCAAGACCUACCUGGUGUCGGGGCAGCCCCUGGAAGAGAUCAUCACCUACUACCCAGCCAUGAAGGCUGUGAACGACCAGGGCAAGGAGGUGACCGAGUUCGGCAAUAAAUACUGGCUCAUGCUAAACGAGAAGGAGGCCCAGCAAGUGUACGGCGGGAAGGAGGCCAGGACGGAGGAGAUGAAAUGGCGGCAGUGGGCAGACGACUGGCUGGUGCACCUGAUCUCCCCCAAUGUGUACCGCACACCCACCGAGGCUCUGGCAUCCUUUGACUACAUUGUCCGCGAGGGCAAGUUCGGAGCCGUGGAGGGUGCCGUGGCCAAGUACAUGGGUGCAGCGGCCAUGUACCUCAUCAGCAAGCGACUCAAGAGCAGGCACCGCCUCCAGGACAACGUGCGCGAGGACCUCUACGAGGCUGCCGACAAGUGGGUGGCUGCUGUGGGCAAGGACCGGCCCUUCAUGGGGGGCCAGAAGCCGAAUCUCGCCGAUUUGGCAGUGUAUGGCGUGCUGCGCGUGAUGGAGGGGUUGGAUGCCUUCGAUGACCUGAUGCAGCACACGCAUAUCCAGCCCUGGUACCUGCGGGUGGAGAGGGCCAUCACCGAGGCCUCCCCAGCGCACUGAAUGUCCCCGCCCAGAACCGGGGAAAGGCAGCGGAAGACGCCAGCUGCCAGGGCCUGGGGUCCCUGGGCCAGUGCCUGGCGAUGCUGGCGGGGGCAGCAUCAUUCUGCCCCUUGUCUACCCACCCCCACCAGCCCUCUUGCUUCUAACACAGGGCACCUGCUGGGGCCCAGGGAUGCUAGGGACAAGUUCCAGCCCUGCGCCUGCCCUGGGGCGACCCCUCCGUGUCCCUGCCUCCCUGCUCUGCCGCCCCUCUCCCAGACCUCAGUGGCUGUCCCGUGGCUACAUCCUAUGGGUGGGGGGCCAUCGACAGGACAGCAGGACGGUUCGUUCUCGGUGGAAUCCCAUCCCUGGGUUCCCCUAGUUCCCACUCUUCCCAAGCCUCCCAGGAUGGGGACAUGUUUGCAAUAAAGGAAAGGUUUGUGGCGCCUGUCGCGGCAGGCAUCUCAUGGA